AUGAACGAGACAUUGAUCUAUUUUUGGAUUCAAAUCAUUCAUUAUGCAUGCGAAGCAACAAAAAAUCCAACAAAUGAUUUUACGGGCUUUUUAUUAAUGAAUCCCCAAUUGCUGAACGAAACCGAACUACCGUUGGCUUAUUAUAAAAAGGACACAUUAUUUAGUGCCCAGGCAAAAACAGCGUUCGUUUUACCAGACCUUAAGCAGUUACCAAGUAUUUUACCUGCAUCCGCUUCCGCUAAUAAUAGAGUGGAGAAAACAGUAAACCCGGUACACGAGCAACCAGUUGAUGAAUUAGAAGAUGAUGAAUUUUUGAGGCAGUUUGAGUCGUGUACGCUGAUAAAUUGGUCUCAUAAAACUCACUUACGUAUGGCAUGGCUUUAUUUGACGCGUGACGGUCGCCGUGUAGGAGUAAAAAAAAUAUUUGAUGGCAUUAAGAAUUUUAUUGACAAUAGUCAAAUAUCACGCAAGACAACAUUUCGCUUUACAAUGACGUAUUUUUGGAUUCAAAUGAUCGAUUUAGCCAUCGCACAAAGUCCAAAAGACAUAAGCUUUGAAGAAUUUCUGCGCAUAAACCCGCAUUUGUUGGACGGGGGCUUAUUUCUGGGAUAUUACAAGAAGGAAACAAUGUUGAAUAACCCGACUGCCAGACAAGAGAUGGUAUUGCCUGACAUUAAACCGUUACCAAGCUUGGUCAUAGCCAAAAGCAAAAACUGA